UGUUUAAUAAGGAGGUCUGGGUGAGCCUCAUCAAGAAAGUGAAUUUUCACUUUGACAGGCCAAGGUGGGUGGAUCGCUUAAGCUCAGGAGUUUGAAACCAGCCUGGGCAACAUGGCAAAACCCCGUCUCCACAAAAAAUACAAAAAUUAGCUGGGCAUGGUGAUGCAUGCCUGUAGUCCCAGCUACUAUGGAGGCUUGGGAGGAUCAAUUGAGCCCAGGAGGUCGAGGCUAUAGUGAGCCAUGAUCACGCCACUGUAUGCCAGCCUGGGUGACAGAGCAAGACCCUGUUUCAAAAACAAAACACAAACAAAAAAGAAAGGUUUGAGCUAAGAACUUGCAGGAGACAAGGAAAUUAGUCAAGCAGAAGGAUAUCUGGGGGAAUGGCAUGCGAGGCAGAAGGGAAAGCUAGGGUCGAGGCCCUCUGGGAAAGAAGCAAGGCCAAGGGGCUGGAGUAGAGGGAGGAAGAGGGGAAGUAGUGGAAGAUGAGACUAGCUUUACUACUGAUUAUGAUGUAAGAAUAGUGGCCAGUUUCCUUUCCAACUUGGGCCCGGCAGAAUGGCUCCUGCAAAGAAGGGUGAUGAGAAGAAGAAGGGUCAUUCCGCCAUCAACGAGAUGGUGACCCGAGAAUACCCCAUCAACAUUCAUAAGUGCAUUCAUGGAGUGGGCUUCAAGAAGCGUGCCCCUCAGGCACUCAAAGAGCUCCGGAAACUUGCCCUGAAGGAGAUGGGAACUCCAGAUGCACACUUUGAUACCAGGCUCAACAAAGCUGUCUGGGCCAAAGGAAUAAGCAACGUCUCAUACUGUAUCCAUGUUCGGUUGUCCAGAAAAUGUAAUGAAGAUAAAGAUUUACCAAACAAGCUAUACACUUCGGUUGCCUACGUACCUGUUACCACUUUAAAAAAAUCUACAGUCGGUGUGAAUGUGAACUAACUGCUAAUCAUCAAAUAUACCAAAUAAAGUUAUAAAAUUGC